GAAUUUGGGUGAAAAUAUCUUUUCUAAUUUGCUUACUAGAAAGGAAAAAGCAUCAAACUUUGUUUCCCUUUGCUUCUUCUUCUUGCUUUUGAUAACUUUUUUUUUUUAUUACUCUGUUUCGUUUCAUGAGAAUUGGGUUUUGAUGGCAAAAGUUUCGUUCAAGGAUUCUCUGAAAGCUCUUGAAGCUGAUAUCCAACACGCUAACACUGUAGCUUUAGAUUAUCCUCGGGAGAAGGAUGGCGCGCGUGUUCAAAUGAGACUGUCUUACAACCCGGCUGCCCAGUUUUUACUUUUUCUUGUCCAAUGGACUGAUUGCCACCUUGCUGGUGCCCUUGGUUUGCUCAGAGUUCUUAUUUACAUGACCUAUGCGGAUGGGAAAACCACAAUGUCGGUUUAUGAGAGGAAAACCAGCAUUAAAGAUUUCUACGCUGUGAUAUUUCCAUCCCUUUUACAACUAGAAAGGGGUAUCACAGACCUGGAUGAUCGCAAACAGAAAGAGGUCUGUAAGAUACGGUACAGAAAUAAAGAUGAGACUGAAAAGGUCAAGCUCUCGGAGAUUGACAUCGAGAGAGAAGAAGAAUGCGGGAUUUGCAUGGAGAUGAAUAACAUGGUUGUUCUCCCCAAUUGUACCCAUUCUUUAUGCAUCAAGUGUUACCGCGAUUGGCAUGGGAGGUCAGAGUCGUGCCCUUUUUGCCGGGACAGUCUUAAGAGAGUAAACUCAGGGGACUUGUGGAUGUUGAUGGAGAAAUCGGAUACAGUCAAUAUGUAUACAAUUGCGCGGGAGAAUAAGAAAAGGCUGUUUAUGUACGUAGAGAAACUCCCUCUAGUGGUUCCAGAUCAAGUGUUUGCUUCUUCUCCUUACGAUUGCCAUGUGAAGUGAAUAAGAAGAAGAAGAAAGAGCUUUUGCAAAAGCCUAAACCGGUUCUGGUAAUCUUUAUCUGUAUGUAUAUAAAUGUUUUUAGAGUAGUAGUAAUUAAUAUAGUAACCAUUUCCGGGGGAAGUCCAUUUCUACUUGCUUUUCUUUUUAUCUGCAUUUGGCUUUUGGUUCCCAAACUCUUUUUAUUUCUACUGUACAUUCAUGUCUGAAUCUGAAAACCCCUUCUUCCAGAAGUGGCUUUACUCACAAAUCUACACUCUGUUCUUGUUUCAGCUAAAAAUUCUCUUCUUUAAGGUA